UUUGGUAAAAGAAUUGCAGGGGCAAUAUAAUAAAAGGCUUGAAAGCCUUAAACCCUAGUCACCCUCAUUUCCCAAACCACAGACACCACCGAACAACUAGAACCCACCCACCCAAAGACACAGCCUUUUCAAUAAACUUGAUUGUUUUGAAGCUAACAAAGCUUUUGCUUUUCUGUGGGUGGGUUUUUGGAGCCUUUCGUCAAUGGCUCUUUACUUGUUGUUCGAGUCAUCUUCUGGAUAUGCACUGUUCCUGGCUCAGGGGCUCGAUGAAAUCGGUCAGAACACAGAGGCUGUUAAGAACUCGGUUGCGGAUCUGAACCGGUUCGGUAAGGUGGUCCAACUCACUGCUUUUCAGCCUUUUGAAUCCGCUCUUGAUGGUCUAAAACAAUGCAACUCCGUUUCUGAAGGGCUUAUGACUGAUGAGUUGAGGAGUUUUUUAGAGCUGAAUCUUCCUAAAGUCAAGGAAGGCAAGAAGUCCAAGUUCAGUCUCGGAGUUGCCGAGCCUAAGCUUGGUUCCCACAUCUCUGAGACAACUAAAAUGACUUGUCAGAGUGGAGAGUUUGUUCUUGAGCUCCUUCGUGGUGUGCGGUUGCAUUUUGAUAAGUUUAUCAAGGACCUAAAGCCUGGGGACUUGGAAAAAGCUCAGCUUGGUCUGGCACAUAGUUACAGCAGAGCAAAGGUUAAGUUCAAUGUCAACCGAGUUGACAAUAUGGUUAUUCAAGCAAUUUUCCUUCUUGAUACUCUUGACAAGGAUAUCAAUUCCUUUUCCAUGAGAGUGAGGGAAUGGUACUCUUGGCAUUUCCCUGAGUUGGUAAAGAUUGUCAACGAUAAUUAUCUCUAUGCUAGAGUUGCAAAGCUUAUAGAGGACAAGUCAAAAUUGUCUGAAGAACACUUCCCUGCCUUAACUGAGAUACUUGGAGAUGAGGACAAAGCAAAAGAAAUUGUAGAAGCUGGCAAAGCAUCAAUGGGACAGGAUUUGACCCCAGUUGAUUUGAUUAAUGUUCAGCUAUUUGCUCAGAGGGUAAUGGAUCUUGCUGAGUACAGAAAGAAUCUUUAUGAUUAUCUAGUGACUAAGAUGAAUGACAUUGCACCAAAUUUGGCAUCAUUGAUUGGGGAAGUUGUUGGUGCCCGGUUGAUUUCUCAUGCUGGUAGUCUUACAAAUUUGGCAAAGUGCCCCUCUUCCACUCUUCAGAUUCUUGGUGCAGAGAAGGCCCUCUUCAGGGCACUGAAAACACGGGGAAACACACCCAAGUAUGGUCUAAUUUUUCAUUCAUCUUUCAUUGGUCGAGCAUCUGCAAGAAACAAAGGCCGAAUGGCACGCUAUCUUGCAAACAAGUGUUCCAUUGCAUCUCGCAUAGAUUGUUUUGCAGAGAGGGGCACCACUGUUUUUGGGGAGAAACUGCGGGAACAAGUGGAAGAACGACUUGAAUUCUAUGACAAGGGUGUUGCACCUCGAAAAAACAUUGAUGUGAUGAAGUCUGCAAUUGAAACUACUCAGAGUAAAGAUGUAGAAAUGGAAGAAACACAACCAGAUGAAGCAUCCACAAAGAAAAGCAAGAAAAAGAAAUCAAAAACUGAAGAAGCCCCAGCUGCUGCUACAAAUAGAGAUGCCUCAGAGGAUGCUAAGUCAGAGAACAAAAAGAAAAAAGAGAAAAGAAAAAUGGAGCAAGAGCUGAGUCAGGAAGAGGAGAAAACAAAUGGUGUAAACGGGGAUGUUACCGAGCAGGAUGGGAAAGCCAAGAAGAAGAAAAAGAAGAGUAAAGAUGAAGCAGCUGCAAAGGAAACUAAAAGGAAAAAGAAAUUAUCCCAAGAGUGAAUUUAUCAAUAUUUGCUAAAUUUUGUCUAAUGCAAGCUCGUAGCUGUAGAAAUGGUUAUGUCCUUUUUUUUUUUUUAAACUUUGUAUUAUGAACCAAUUUAGGUGCCUGACAAAAUUUGACAAUUGUUGAACUUUCUUCUAUAUUUGAAAAUGUAUUUGUUGUCUUAAUUCAUAAAAAAUUUGGCCUACCUUUUGGUUGAA